CCCACACACACACACACAUACACAUGUGUACACAGCUUACAGCACACAUAAUCAAAAGGUGAAACCUGACAGAAAAGCAUAAACUUCUGAAGAAAUAUGAUCACAUCAACAUGUUGGAAAAUACUAGCUUUGUGUGCAGGUGUCUGCACAGUUCAUUUCUCCACAGCCACAGAUGAAACUAUGAUAAUUAAGUCAGACUGCAAUCAAAACAUCACCCUGCCCUGCAACCCAGCUGCUUAUAGUCAUGCAUACACAUCCAUCACAUGGUACAAGGUUAAUGGAAGUGGUGAUGAGGGCAUUAUUAGGAGAAGACAUGGGAAUCUGGAACCAGAGCUGUAUCCAAGCUCUCGGAAUGUAGCAUCUCUCACAGAAAAAAAUGAUCUUGUCCUGAAGAAUGUCACUGUAAGACAAACGGGGCUAUACAAGUGCUCCCUAAUUGCAAAAGUUGGAAAAACAAAUAACCACUCUCUUGUCAUGCUGAAUGUCUCAGAAUGUGCUAGUGUAACAGCACCUGCUCUGCUCCUCGCUGCUGUGUUAGCUCCUCAAGCCACUGAGAUGCAGUGUACUGGGAUGGGGCACAUUAAACCGGAGGAAGUUACUGCCUUGUGGGCCUUUGUGGGUUUUAGCACUGUUGGAAUGAUUAAAGUUCUACUAUGUGCAGUGUAUCUGUGGGUGGUGGUAGUGUUUAAGAAACAUAGAAGAAGGAAGAUGUGGGAUUAAAUAAAGUCAUGGCAAAAUAGGCUAUUGAUUUUAUUGUAUUAUUGAUUGUAAUUAUUAUUAUUUGUUAUCUGAACAUAAUGACAAUGCAAAACAUUAUCAAAAUAAACCAU